AUGUCCUUCAACCUUCUUCGCGCAUCCGUCCGCAACGCCAACCCCAUCCGCCGCGCCGCUGCUGGCAAGGCCCCACGAAACCUCCCCUCAGUGGUCAGGGCUGCCCCUCGAGGUCGCCAAUACUCGACCGCACCACCCCCUCCUGAGGCCAAGUCGUCGAGCUCUGGUCUCUUGUGGGGUCUCGGUGCUGCUGGUGCUGCUGGUGUUGCCUACUUCUUCUUCCAAGGCGACGCAGAGAACGUCGUAAAAGGGGGCGUGCAAUCUGCCAAGGCCGCCACCCACUUUACCCCCAGCAAGGAGGACUACCAGAAGGUUUACAACCGCAUUGCUGACCUCGUCGCCGAUGCUGGAGACUAUGAUGACGGCUCCUACGGACCCGUUCUUCUCCGUCUCGCCUGGCACUCGUCUGGUACCUACGACAAGGAGUCCAACACUGGUGGAAGCAACUAUGCUACCAUGCGAUUCGAGCCUGAAUCCCUGCACGGCGCCAACGCUGGUUUGAACGUCGCUCGUGAAUUGAUGGAGAAGGUCAAGCAGGAGUUCCCUUGGAUUAGCUACGGUGACCUCUGGACUCUCGCCGGUGUCGCUGCUAUUCAGGAAAUGGGCGGCCCCAAGAUCCCCUGGAGACCCGGACGAAUUGACGGUGUUGCCUCCCAAGCCACUCCCGACGGUCGUCUUCCCGACGCUAGCCAGGGUGCUGACCACUUGCGACAGAUCUUCUACCGUAUGGGAUUCAAUGAUCAGGAGAUUGUUGCCUUGUCUGGUGCCCACGCCCUCGGACGUGCCCACCGCGACCGAUCCGGCUACGACGGUCCCUGGACCUUCUCCCCUACCACUGUGACCAACGACUUCUUCAAGCUGUUGUUCGAUGAGAAGUGGGUCUGGAAGAAGUGGGAGGGACCCAAGCAGUACGAGGAUAAGAAGACCAAGUCUCUCAUGAUGUUGCCUACCGACUAUGUCCUCACUCAAGACAAGAGCUUCAAGAAGCACGCCAAGGCCUACGCUGAGGACCAGGACCUCUGGUUCAAGGACUUCUCCAAGGCCGUCUCCCGCCUCUUCGAACUCGGUGUUCCCACUUCACAAUUCGUCACCUCCGAGCCCUGGAUCAUGGCCAACGUCGAUGAGCAGCCCGCUCCUGAGGAGAAGAAGUAAGGGACACGCGAUUCCACUCUCUUUUCACCUCGUUCCUUUGCUUUCUUCCUCUCUUACAUUGCCGAUUUCAUUGCGAAUGGUAAUGCUGUUGUAAUGUUAGUUAGGAGGGGUGCGGCCAAAACCCUUUCCACCAGAUUUCUUGUAUGCACAUACUUGGCCUGUUCUAGAUGUUGGUAGAUGAGGAAUACUACUAGA